GAGAGUGACAUUAGUCUAAACUAAUCAGUGCAAGAAGACAGCAGCCAUGGACUCUCUGCGAAUGAUGCUCGGGUUGCUAUUCCUGACCCUACUGGGAGUUACUCAGGGAAGACCUCACUUCGGCUUUGGAGGCAUUGGCAUUGGAAGGUUCGGAGGGUUUGGAGGUUUUGGAGGCUACGGUCCCGGGUUCGGAUACGGCUACGCUCCAGGUUUCGGAUAUGGCUACGGUGGAUAUCCAUACAUUGGAGGAGGUCUUGGCUUCGGUGUUGGACUUGGACCCUUUGGCAUCGGUGGAUUCGCCGGGAUAGGUUAAGAAGACACGAAAAGUUUGAAAAUAAGAAGAUUCGACGUUUCAUUACUUCACAAUCAACAAAACAUAACAUUUUCACAAUAAAAGUUUGCUAACUCCUCAAUGUUUAUUUUUGAAAUAGUUGGGU